AUGGGCCCCGAGAUCAUCAAAAUGUUUUAUAGCUGCACCAUCGAGAGCAUCCUGACCGGUUGCAUCACUGCCUGGUAUGGCAACUGCUCAGCCUCUGACCGCACGACACUACAGAGGGGAGAUUUUGGUCUGAUUCCACGGAUCUGUGAAGGCCUGUUCUGUCAGAUAUCAGAGAAGAGCCAGGGGGAUGGGGCCUCCUUCCGCACAGAGGUCAGUUACCUGGAGAUCUAUAACGAGCGUGUGCAGGAUCUUCUCACGACUAAGAAGAGCCCAGAGAAUGGGUCAGGACUCAAGGUCAGAGAACACCCCAAGGAUGGGCCGUAUGUGGAGGACCUGUCGAAGCACCUGGUUCAGAACUACAGGGAUAUAGAGAAGCUGUUGCAUGCUGGGAAAGCCAAACGCACCACGUCGAGCACGGGCAUGAACGAUGUUAGCAGCCGCUCGCAUGCCAUCUUCACCAUCAACUUCACACAGGCUCGUUUUGAUGCAGAGCUGCCAUGUGAAAUGCUGAGUAAGAUCCACCUGGUAGAUUUGGCGGGCAGUGAGAGGGCUGACGCCACAUGCGCCACUGGUGCCAGGCUGAAGGAAGGAGCCAACAUCAACAAGUCCCUGGUCACACUGGGCAUUGUCAUCUCUGCUCUUGGUAAAUGAUGC